CUAAACCCGGAACCCCCACAGGUACUGUCCGGAGAGUUCCCAUUCUGGUUCAUGAGGUUCUGAUCAUCUGAUGAUUCUGGUUCCCGUCCCCAUAUGAUUAGAGGCGGCCAUGGAUUCCGCCGAAAAUCAAGAGCCCCACCAGUCGCCGCCGUCGCAACCGUUCUCGCCCACACCUCUGACUUCGAAGCUCUUCACUUUACUCUCAGUUUUGGUACUCGUCUCAGCAAUUUCAUACGGGAUCACCCAAUCAGAUCCCUACAAUUUCCACCUCUUCCCCCAAUCCAACAUUUUACAAAAGCUCCGAAAUUUUCUUCGCCCAAGCCCCACACGAGUCCUAAACCGGAUUCCGUCAAACCCCAUUCUCACACCCCCUUACUGUCUACUAUGGAUGGCCCCUUUCUUGUCAGGAGGUGGGUACAGCUCAGAAUCUUGGUCAUACAUCUUAUCCUUGCAUCAAUUCUUGAAGCAUCAGAAAGACCCGAGAUUUAGGGUCAGCAUUGAGCAACACGGAGAUCUUGAAAGCAUAGAAUUCUGGGAAGGUCUAUCAAAGGAGAUGAGAAACUUAGCCAUGGAGUUCCAUCAAACUCAGUGUAGAUUGAAUGAGACUAUUGUGGUCUGUCACAGUGAGCCUGGAGCUUGGAACCCUCCUCUGUUUGAGACCCUUCCAUGCCCACCAAUUGGUUAUGGGAUCUUCAAGGCUGUGAUUGGGAGGACCAUGUUUGAAACUGACAGAGUAACUCCUGAUCAUGUGAAACGGUGUAACUAUAUGGACUAUGUUUGGGUUCCUACUGAUUUUCACGUGGAAACAUUUACCCGCAGUGGCGUUGAUCCUUUGAAGGUUGUUAAGGUUGUCCAGCCUGUGGAUUUGGAGUUUUUUGACCCGGCCAAGUAUGAGCCUCUUGAUAUUGCUGCAAUGGGUGCUUCAGUUUUAGGGAAGUCUGAUUCAGGGAAAGAUUUUGUUUUCUUGAGUGUUUUCAAAUGGGAGCAUAGGAAGGGAUGGGAUGUGUUGUUGAGUUCUUAUUUAAGAGAAUUUGACAAAGACGAUGGGGUCACUUUGUUCUUGUUGACAAAUCCCUAUCAUUCGAACAGGGAUUUCGGGAACAAGAUUGUUGAGUAUGUUAUGAAGUCUGGUAUGAAAGAACCUGUUCAUGGGUGGGCACCGAUAUACGUGGUUGAUGACCACAUAGCUCAGGUUGACCUGCCAAGGCUUUACAAGGCAGCAAAUGCAUUUGUUUUGCCAUCCAGAGGAGAAGGGUGGGGCAGGCCCAUUGUUGAGGCCAUGGCAAUGUCACUGCCCGUGAUAUCCACGAAUUGGUCUGGCCCAACAGAGUACAUGACUGAAGCAAAUAGCUAUCCCUUAUCUGUUGGCCAGUUCAGUGAAGUUGGAGAAGGUCCUUUUAAGGGGCAUUUGUGGGCUGAGCCAUCAGUUGAUGAGCUGCAAAUGCUUAUGAGGCAUAUAGUGAUCAAUUAUGAGGAAGCCAAAGGCAAAGGAAAACAGGCGCGUGCUGAUAUGAUGGCCAAGUUCUCUCCUGAUAUAGUUGCUGGGAUUGUUGCUCAACAUAUACAUCACAUCAUUGAUGCUGCCGAUUGAGAUUUUUUUUCCGGAUGAAGAAGAAUAUUUACAUCAAGCCAUUUGCUUAUGGAUAAACUGAGGGUGGUCGAUGAAGACUUCAUCCCCAUAACCGCUUUUAAAAAAGAGAGUCCAAAUGGCAUUUGUAGGAUGAACCUUCUGUUUGUAGCAACAAUGAACAAUGAACUACGGAUAGAGGGAUCAAAAAGGAUGAGGCAUAGCUAUACUUGUUAAAUAUGGUAUGGAUUGUUAUAACGUAAAGUUGUCUAUACCAGUGUACAGUACGGAGUAUUUAUAUCUGACCCUAAAAUUUCUGAUUUCUUUCUGCCUUCAGAAUAAGAAUUCAAUGUUGAC